UGUCCUCUUGCAUAGCGUUAGCCAGGCUGAUCAGGCAAGAUCUGUAAACACAAACACAAUUCGCCGGCAGUGUUCGCCAAACUUGUGACUUUCCUGUUGAAUUUUAGGACGUUGUUAUCCCCCUUGUUUCUUCUUGCAAUAAUAAUUAGAGCGGCGACGGCAUGUCGGAUAACAGCAAGUUGAACUGCGCUGUUGGUGUAGACCUCAGGAAACUGAUUGAUGAAUCAAAGGUGCUUGUUGUUGGAGCCGGAGGAAUUGGUUGUGAGCUCCUGAAAAAUCUUGUGUUGGCUGGAUUUAACAAGAUUGACCUGAUUGAUCUGGACACUAUUGAUGUCAGCAACUUAAACAGACAAUUCCUCUUUCAACGAUGCCAUGUUGGAAAGUCGAAAGCGCUGUCAGCAAAGGAAAGUGCUUUGCGCUUCAAUCCAAGAGCCACAAUUAAUGCCCAUCAUGAUAGCAUCACAGAAAGUAGGUACGGAGUCAACUACUUUAAAGAGUUCAAUCUUGUGCUGAACGCCCUCGACAACCGAGCGGCCCGUUCACAUGUCAAUCGCAUGUGUCUGGCUGCUGGAAUCCCUCUAGUUGAGAGUGGAACUGCUGGCUACAAUGGGCAAGUAGAGGUUAUCAUGAAAGGCAAGACUGAGUGCUACGAAUGUCAGCCAAAACAAGCAACAAAGACCUUUCCUGGUUGUACAAUCAGAAACACACCUUCUGAGCCUAUCCACUGCAUUGUUUGGGCUAAGCAUCUUUUCAACCAAUUUUUCGGGGUUGAAGACCCUGAUGAAGACGUCUCUCCAGACACAGCAGAUCCUGAAGCAGUUGGGGACGCUGGGAGCACUGCCCUGGACGCUGCAUCUCAAGAGAAUGGCAACAUAGAGCGCGUGUCAACUAGGCAGUGGGCCAAGACAAAUAGUUACAACGCUGAAAAGCUGUUCCAAAAGCUUUUCAAGGAUGACAUCCAGUAUUUGCUCAGCAUGUCCAAACUUUGGGAGAAAAGGAAGGCGCCUGUGCCUCUUAACUGGGGCGAACUGCCAAAUGAAGUCGCUGGUAGCAGCAAGGAAGACUCGAGCCGCACCCUGAAGGACCAGAUUGUCUGGAGCAUCGCACAGUGCGGCCAAGUCUUCGAGGAGAGUGUCCAGGCGUUGAGGAAGAGGGUAGAAACCACGCAAGAAGACUUGGUCUGGGACAAAGAUGACGAGGAGUGUCUGAACUUUGUUGUUGCCUGCGCUAACAUCAGAUCGCACAUAUUUGGAAUUUCUUGCCACAGCAAAUUUGAUAUCAAAGCCAUGGCUGGCAAUAUCAUUCCCGCUAUUGCCACCACAAACGCUGUCAUCGCUGGCAUGAUAGUGCUGCGAGCCUUCCAGGUUCUGCAGCAGCAGUUCGACAAAUGCAAAACUGUCUACCUUCAGAGCACCGUGAAUCCAAGAGGGCUCAAUAUUGUACCAGAGGCUGACCUGAUACCUCCCAACAAAUCAUGCUACGUUUGCUCUGAAAAACCACAAGUUCACUUGUACAUCAACACGGAGACAAGCAAAAUCUGCAACCUGGAGGAGAUCCUGAAAACCAGCCUACACAUGGUCGCGCCAGAUGUCAUGCACGAGAGCAACGUGGUAAUUUCAAGCGAGGAAGGAGAGCUAGACAAUGGGCAGAUGACCCUCAAAGAGGUGGGAAUCGUGGAUGGGGCUCUGCUCAAAUGCGACGACUACCUGCAGAACUAUGAGCUCAGUUUGAUCAUUUACCAUUGGGAACCCAAAAAAGAUGAGCCAGCUUUCAAAAUAGUUGCCAAUCCUGAUGAACUGAAGCCCAAGGAAGAGGAUGAAAAAGAUGGAGUGAAAGAAUCUGAUGAUGAGGGCAUUGUUGAAGUGGAGGUUGAUCAACAAGAAGUGGCCAAGGAGACUCCUCCACGAAAGAGGAAACUCUCUGAUGUUGCUGGCGAGAGCAGCAAGAAACUGCGUUGCAGUGAACCACAGGACGACAUCAUCGUUUUGUAGGUUAACCCACACCUUCUAUUCUUCCAUCCUGCAUUUUAACUAUUGGGCACCAAUGGUUAUGUAUUCAAUUCGUAAAUUAAACAUGUAUAUUUUCACUAAA